AUGGAUUAUACUCACUGGCUUCUGAUAUUUUCAACAUGGUUAAUCAUCUUCUCCUUUGCUCCAGCAUCCUCGAGUGAGGAUCGUACUGGAGAACUAAUCGUUGAGAUUUGUCGUCAAACACCCGAUUAUGGAUUCUGUAUCGAUGUUUUUGACCAACAUCCUCAUGCUCAAACAAGUCCUCUUGGUCUAACUCAAAUAGCCCUAGAUGAAUUAAAAGAAAACUCGACCAAUACGCGGACUUUCAUACAGAAGAAAGAAGCUGCUGAAAAAAACAAGGAAAUAAGGUAUCUUUACGCAAUCUGCAAUUCUGAUUAUGGGGCUGUGAAGAAGAAUUUGGAAAAUGCCUGGAAAGAAUUUCUUAGUUCACGUUACAAGGUCAUGUUAACUUUUUUAUCUAAAAGUGAAAGGCCUGUAAAUCACUGUCAAAACAUUUUUUGUGGCAACAUUGGGAUUGGAUUGAAGAAAAGAACUAGACAGGUGAAAUUACUUAUAAGCAUCGCAAUCUCUGCUGGGAAUCUUACUGACCUUAUAUAA